GAGCCGCGGGGAAGGAGGGACGGCCGGGCUGGCAUCCCCGCCUCCUGGGAACUGCCUCGGCAGUCGUCGCGCCCGAGUGCGUCUAGCUCUUGCCGGGUGCCCGAUGUGCCCUCCCUCCCGCUGACUCGCCCGCGGCCUCGGAAACGCUACUCCCGCGGGAGAGCGCUCGUCAGGACGGCCUCGGCCAGGCUGCUCGUCAGCCCCUGCGCUUCCCGGAGGUGUCCGCGUCCCUGUUUUCCCUGCGUGUUUUCUGAUUUCCACCAUGAGGACGUUUGGGACGUGAUUUUCAUCUGCAUGUGGAGGAGACGGGACCCGGCGCCGGGAGCCGCGCCUGCGGGUGCGCCGCCCCCAAAGCCCGCCCACCUUUGGGUUCCUGUUGGACAUCGAUGGAGUGCUUGUGCGGGGCCACAGAGUGAUCCCUGCUGCUCUGGAAGCCUUCCGAAGGCUGAUGAACUCCCAAGGGCAGCUGCGGGUGCCCGUGGUUUUUGUUACAAAUGCUGGGAACAGCUUACAACACAGCAAAGCCCAGGAGCUGUCAGCCCUGCUGGAGUGCGAGGUGGAUGCAGACCAAGUUAUCCUCUCUCACAGCCCCAUGAAGCUCUUCUCAGAGUACCAUGAGAAGCGGAUGCUGGUGUCUGGGCAGGGGCCUGUGGUGGAAAAUGCCCAGGGGCUGGGCUUCCGAAAUGUUGUUACCAUGGAUGAGUUGCGGAUGGCCUUCCCUCUGCUUGACAUGGUGGACCUGGAGCGGCGGCUGAAGACCACGCCCCUCCCGAGGAAUGACUUCCCCCCCAUUGAAGGGGUGCUCCUCCUAGGGGAGCCAGUCCGCUGGGAGACCAGCCUGCAGCUGAUCAUGGAUGUCCUCCUCAGCAAUGGGAGUCCUGGGACUGGCCUGGCGACACCCCCCUACCCUCACCUCCCCAUCCUGGCCAGCAACAUGGAUCUCCUGUGGAUGGCUGAAGCCAAGAUGCCCAGGUUUGGACAUGGCACCUUUCUGCUGUGCCUGGAAACCAUUUACCAGAAAGUGACGGGCAAGGAGCUGAGAUACGAGGGCCUGAUGGGCAAACCCAGCAUCCUCACUUACCAGUACGCCCAGGACCUGAUCAGACGACAGGCGGAGAGGCGGGGCUGGGUCGCCCCCAUCCGGAAGCUCUAUGCUGUGGGUGACAACCCUAUGUCUGACAUAUACGGCGCCAACCUGUUCCACCAGUACCUGCAGAAGGCGACGCGUGACGGGGCGCCAGAACUAGGGGCCGGGGGCCCACAGCAGCAGCAGCCCUCAGCAAGCCAGAGCUGCAUCUCCAUCUUGGUGUGCACAGGCGUCUACAAUCCCAGGAACCCGCAGUCCACGGAGCCUGUCCUUGGAGGAGGGCAGCCCCCAUUCCACGGGCACCGAGACUUAUGCUUCAGUCCAGGGCUCAUGGAGGCCUCCCACGUGGUGAAUGACGUGAAUGAGGCUGUGCAGCUGGUCUUCCGCAAGGAGGGCUGGGCUUCGGAGUGAGGGCAGUGCGGUGGAGGCGAGGGGGUUGAGCCUGGACCUGUGGGCGAGUCCCAUUGGCUGGGCUCUGGCCUGAUCACUGGGCUCAGGUCAGGGCUUGGUUCCCUUGCCACAAUUCCUGCUGCCCCAUGAGUGUGGCAUUACUGGUCACUUAGAAGAAGACCGUGGCUCUUUUUCCCUGCUGGGUAGCAUUUUGUAUGGAACUGUCAGAAUUUUCUGGGCACAGUACCCUUGUGCCUCUCCUGGCAGGCCAUUCUCUUCACCUGUGUGCCUCAGUGUCCUCCUCAUUUCAGUAGGAACUUCUGAAAAGGGGGAGGCAGUGUGGAAUACUGUGGACGUCUGUGCAGAGCCUUUGCCAGCACUGAAGGCGUGCAGCCUGUCGGCAGAGUGUCUUAACACCAGAUGCUACUUUUUACUGUAUUGUAGUUUAUUGUCCAGAGAUUUGGGGCUUUUUAAAAAAUUAAAAUAAUCAUAAUAAAUAUUCAUGAUGCUG